AUGUCUGUCUUUACCCAGAACAAGCUGAAGUCCUCACAGAAGGAUAAAGUUCGACAGUUCAUGAUCUUCACACAAUCGAAUGAGAAGACUGCAUUGACCUGUCUGUCACAGAAUGACUGGAAACUAGAUGUCGCCACAGACAACUUUUUCCAAAAUCCAGACCUCUACCAUUCAAAUCUAAAAGGAGCGUUAGACAAGAAAAAGUUAGAACAGCUCUACAACAGAUACAGAGGUAAGUGUCAUCACUCAAGGUUGUCAAGGGUUUAAGACAGUAAAAACGACAGCAGUAUUACUGACUGUAAAAAAUAAAAACUGCUAUAUGCCAUGCAUGCUGUGGAAACGUACUUCACCAACUUUCACCACCAAAAUCAUAUAAAAUGGAUAUCAUCAAAGAAAGACAGGCCAAAUGGGUAAAUUGUCUCAGUUUACCCAUUUGUCAGUCAAGUAGCUCACAAUGGCGAAAGUAUUAAUUGAACAACUUUUUUUCCCCCCUUAUCCUUUACUUAGACCCACAAGAUGACAACAAGAUCGGUAUAGAUGGCAUCCAGCAGUUCUGUGAUGACCUGGGCCUGGACCCGGCCAGUAUUAGUGUGCUCCUCAUUGCCUGGAAGUUCCGGGCAGCAACACAGUGCGAGUUCUCCAGACAGGAGUUCAUGGACGGGAUGGCAGAACAAGGGUGAGGACGGCCUUUGCAAGAGAUAGGUUUGACUUUAUUUCUGUGUCCAAUUUGACUGACUCUAAUUGACAACGUGUUUUUGUGUUAACUGGUUUCAUCAUGUAACUAUAGAGGAAAUUGUCAUCCAUCAUCACAAUCAGCCAUUGAGUUGUGUAACAGAAUGUAGGCUAAGCUCUUCUUUCUCCACAUCAGGUAGGCUAACCCUUAAACUUGUAAUUGGUGCUAAAGCUUAUUUUGUUCUCCUCAGGUGUGACAGUAUAGAGAAACUAAAAGCCCAACUACCAAAAAUGGAGCAAGAGUUAAAGGACCAAGUGAAAUUUAAGGACUUUUACCAGUUUACAUUUAACUUUGCAAAGAAUCCUGGCCAGAAAGGUUUGGGUAAGCAAUCCAUUUUGACUUUCCUGAUCUAUUUUCAUAGUCUACUCUGCUCCUUGGACUUGGAUUUCUCUCAGACAUGUCCUCAUUGUUGUGCAUUUUCUAGACUUAGAAAUGGCAAUUGCGUAUUGGAAUUUAGUACUGGCUGGAAGAUUCAAAUUCCUGGACCUAUGGAACACAUUUUUAGUGGUAAGUUAUAUAUUUUCACUUAAUUGAAUACACUUUAUUGAUCCCCAGAGGGGAAAUUGGAUGGUGGUUUUUCUUCAGUUGAAGGCUUCAAUAAACAUGUAGGACGAUAAAUGGAGGUUAGUUGUGUCUCUUGAUGCUCAUUUGGAUGUUUUCCUCUACUUCCCCUGCAGGAGCACCAUAAACGAUCAAUCCCUAAGGACACCUGGAACCUCUUGUUAGACUUCAGCACAAUGAUAACUGAUGACAUGUCCAAUUAUGACGAGGAAGGUUUGUGUUUGUUUUACUAGGGCUAAAAACUAUAGCUACCCAUUGCCUCAGGUCAGGUGCUUGGCAAUGGAAUCAGUUGUCAAUAGAACAACAUGGAGCCAGCCCACUUGUUGCCUCUUCCAAUAACCACUUGCUUAACCCUGCAUCCUUUGUGCUUCCUUUAAGAUAAAGCAAGUUUCAUUUUAAGCAUGAAACAUUAGUGAGAAUAUUGCCUAGUCAAUGUCCUACCUCAUGGAUCUAAAAGAGACAUUUCAUUGUUGUUCUGUCAUGUUUGUCUCUUCCCUCCAAGGAGCAUGGCCGGUCCUCAUUGACGAUUUUGUGGAGUUUGCGCGGCCGCACAUCGGUACCAAAAGCACAGCUGUCUAGGUGCCUCCCAAACUCGGAACGUCGAUACGUUUGUUUAUACAAGAAACACACAACCAAGGUGGUGAAACGGAGCACAGGGAACUGCACUGAGCUGAGAUCUAUGUUGCCUUUUCCAACCCUCAGGACUGAGAUGUUUUACACAAAGACUAUAUAAAAGGCAUAUCUCCUCGUCGGUCGUCUUGUGGGGGUUCGGCCUUUUAUCUUUAGUAUGGGGCUUUUUUGUGUCGGCUCGAGCCAACUGGAGAGGAGUCGCCAUCCUGGACGUUACAGUUCCUGUCCCAGUGUUUAGUUGACGUGGUCGAGGUUCGUGUGAAGCAAACCAACACCCGAAAAGACAAAUACAAUUGUAUCGUAUUCUAAACACAAGGGUCCCUGAGGGAAUGUCGUUCUUUUAAAUAUGAAAUAGAAUUUUAAUACUUUGUGCAUUCCUGCUAUGAAUUUUGUUUUAUGAGACAUUUGUGUGACUGAGCAGUACAAAAACAUUGAUUGUAAUUAUUAUUUUUUUGUUUUAAGCAUAAUGCUUUUCAAUACACACAUGUAUAAGGUAAUAAAAUGUUUCAAUUUGGUAUCUC